GAUCCUGAAAUUAACUUUUUCAAGUUUUCUCGUGUGUUGUUCGAUUUUCUUUUCCCACAAAACCUUCGCAGUGAUCUGAACUGAUACCCUCGUGUUACAGAGUUUCAAGUGUGCUUGCUUUUCUUUCGAAUUGCGCAUAGCGUUGCGUUGCCAGCAGCUUGUAAGUGUUUGUUUGAGGCCGGCUCGAAUUUCGCGCGGGUACUUGCCAUUUCUUAACUUUACAGCUUGACUACUGAUCUGCAGACUUGUUCUAGGAUCAUUCUAGAAUCUAUAGUCAGGGUUGGCGCUUAUAUUACGAGUUUCGAAGUACCGCAAGUGCUUUUGCUUUUCCCUUACAUUGCAUUGGCAGCAGUUCCUUGAGUUUCGAGUAAAAGGCUCUGUGGACGAUGUCCAACGAGGCGACCGGCAUUACCAUCAAAGAAGAGAUUCCCAUAGACGCGAGCAGCGGAGCCGAGGCAAAGAAACCCGAGAAUCAAUCGGAAAAGGCAGAGUCGCAACUGGCCGGCGGGAGCGGGUCGCAGGCCGAGUCCAGCGACAACCAUUUGCAGCGUCUGCAAAGUUUGCGUAAGGAAUUGAGCUACAUCAGCGAAACGGAUUGGAUGUACGAGAGUCUGGACAAGAAGCCGCAACAGUAG